AUGAUGUGGCCUCGCUGCAGACGAUUCCGAAUCAGCAAUACGGAUGAACAGUUAGAUCAACUCGAGCUCGAGGAACAAAAUCCACAAAAUGAUGCACCAUUACAUGAUUUGCAUACCGACGACGCUCCGGCAAACACAGAGCUAGCAAAUUCCAAUUUACCUGACGUCUUUGCGAUUAUUGAAGCUGACAAUGCUUAUUAUUUUCUCGCAUCCUAUCGUGGAACUACGCUGCAGGAUUUGAUUACCUACAACCCUGGUGUAUUGAGCUCAAACUUGAAGAAAAGUUUUGUUGUUUAUCAGAUUCUGCGCACGCUCGCCAGCCUACAUGGUCGAGGUGUUGUUCAUGGAAGCUUAAAGGCAUCGAACAUUCUUGUGGAUGAGAAUUUAUGGACCCAGUUGGGUAAUAUGGAAUGUAGUGUAGACUUAGAAGAUCUUAGGAUCGAGGAAGAGCCUUUGGUGAUGCGAUGGGUUCGUGGUGCCAUAUCCAACUUUUCGUAUUUGAUGGCACUGAAUCAUCUCGCAGGUAGAAGAGAAGGUGAUCCCAAUUUCCAUCCGAUUAUGCCUUGGAUCACAGAUUUCAGUGGAUCAAGUAUUGAGGAUGGCUGGCGUGAUUUCACAAAGACCAAGUUUCGCAUGAACAAAGGCGAAGAACAGCUUGAUUUCACAUUUAAUGGCCCGGUACCUCAUCAUAUCACAGAUAUACUAUCAGACAUCACGUAUUAUGUCUAUUUAGCGAGAAGGACACCUAUACCUGUACUUUGCCAAUUUGUUCGGUCUAAGUACGAGCCUAAUGAGUAUCCUUCCUCUAUGCAACGACUGUAUAGUUGGACACCAGAUGAAUGCAUCCCUGAAUUUUACACAGAUCCUAGUAUAUUCAAGUCUAUACAUGGUGAUAUGCCUGAUCUUCAAAUACCUCAAUGGGCAGAAUCUCCCGAGGAUUUCAUAGCCAAGCAUGCCGCAGCAUUAGAAAGUGAAUAUGUCUCGGAAAAUCUUCAUCACUGGAUCAAUUUGACAUUCGGCAAUAACUUGACAGGAAAGGGUGCAGUCGAAGCCAAAAAUGUAGCGCUUCCAUUGUUAGCGGGACAAAAUAGCUUUAUGAAGCAUGGUAUUAUUCAACUUUUCAAAGAAAAGCAUCCUCAACGAGGUUGUAACUGGAACAAGGCAAAAGAAACUUGCGAUAUAUCCUUAUCAAGACGGGUAAGUGAAGUUACUGAUCUGCAGCAACAGCAACCGGUGCAACAGCAGCAGCAGCAACAGCAGAGACCACCAUCGAUAGCAAGUGAACAACAUUCAUUAUAUCCAGACCGACAAAGCAGCUACAGCACACCUAGUCUUCCGUCACAACGAAGUCUAAAAUCCAACCGCCAAAGCUCUGUCCCGCAACCGACCUUAUCCGAGAGUCCAUCAAAUAAUACACUUCAAUUUAAAGAGCGAGCGGCCUCCGUCCACUCUACGUGUUCAUCCAUAGACACAUCCACAUCCUUAACGAGCCGUUCAACAACAACUGCCGCUGAACAGGCAACUGCUACCGCUGCUGGUGGAUUAACAUCUGCAUUAAGAAACGAGCCGAUUCGUCUUCCUAACGAAAUGCCAGACGAAUAUUUCGUGGAGAACUUGACCCACUAUGAAGAAACUAUUGAGUUUGCUGCACAAUACCAGUUCCCAUGCUAUAACUCGAUCAAGGAAUUGCCUGUCAACCCCGUAUAUCCUGCCAACGGUCCCAAACAUUAUAAUAUUGAUCCUUUCGAUACACAGUCGCCACCGCGAACAGUAACGGAAGUCAUCCAAACGCUUACUCAAGAUGAAUGGCGAAAACGACCGUCUGCAAAAUCUAUUUUAUCUGCGUCGUUCCCUGCAAACUCUGUUCGAGACCCGUUCCAUUCGUUCCCGUUCCCUGAAUGUAUCCCAGACACGUACGAGUAUUUGGCUGCAUUCUAUGAAGCAGAAUGGACGCGGAGGCUGUACCUAGCUGACAAAUGGGUAGAUCGGAUUUGUGAACUUGAAAACGAGCCGAUCAUCUUUAUGUUUGAGACGCUUCGGCCGAAUAUACCCAAAAUGCUUUUCGAUCAAAAAACGAUCAAUGAAUUUGUCAAACGUCUCGGUACGGCCGUCUUUUUGCAACAAAUGCUGCCAUGUUAUCUCGAAUCUUUAGCCAUCAACAAUGACAGCAAAAGAUCCUCGGGUUUAUCCGUGGCUGAGAUGGCAGGAGAGGCAUUGAGUCAUAUAUGUACAGUACUUGGGCCUAUCUUGACAUCAAAGCACAUUGUAAGGCAACUUGUCAAGAUAGUGUUUCGUGAAAGCAUUGUGCGUCCAAUCCAUUUGCAUACCAUGGGGCAGAUAGCAAAGAGCUUUGGUGAAACGUUUACAGCUAUUCAAUAUGCAUACUUAAUUUCCUUGGUUGACCAGCAUUUCCAGCGCGCCAUAACGGAACGUAACGCCAGAAUCAUAUGCAGCACCAUGUCAUUACUGGAAGCGCUGAUGCCACAUAUGUCAGGACAACUGCUAGCAACUGAACUGAAAUCUGGGUUUGUCUCGACGCUUUAUAAGUUACUGGAACCAAUACCACCGGCUUCUGAAGAUGCCAAGGCAGUUACGGAACAAAGUAUACGGUUGCGUCUUACUUUAAGCAUGCGCACGAUUGAUCAUCUUGUUCAGACAGCGCACUACCUCCCACAAAAGGAGUGGGAAACAACUAUAACAUCUAUGCUGCAAAAAUACUUCUCUGGCUUUACAACAAACGAUACCAGCGACAGCCAAGUUCAUCAGCAAAAGAGUGAUUACCCUGAAUUCAAAGCACAAAGAAACUAUCAGGUGCGUCCUAUUUUGCAGCGACAUACAAGACUUAGUAACUGUUGA